UCUCUGGCUUUAUCUAUUCAUUUCUGUCCACAGGCAGGAAGAGAUGGCAGCCGGGGAGACUCAGCUCUACGCCAAGGUCUCCAACAAGCUCAAGGUCCGCGGCCCGUCCUUGCUGCUGGAGCCCCUUCUGGGAAUGGGCUUCCCGGUACACACCGCGCUGAAGGCUCUGGCGGCCACUGGAAGGAAGACAGCGGAAGAGGCGUCAGACUGGCUACGUUGUCAUCGCAACGACCCUUCUCUGGACGAUCCCAUCCCCCAGGAGUAUGCCCUGUUCCUCUGCCCCACGGGGUCCCUGUUGGAACAACUUCAAGAGUUCUGGAGAGAGAGCAAGCGUCAGUGCACGAAGAACCGAGCUCAUGAGAUCUUCCCGCACAUAACGCUCUGUGACUUCUUCACGUGCGAGGACCACAAAGUGGAGUGUCUGUACGAGGCUCUAAAGAGAGCCGGGGACAGGAUCCGGGGUUCCUUCCCCUUGGUCGUCCCUCUGGCUCUCCAUUCUUCCAUCAGCUACCUGGGCUUCUUCGUGAACGACAGCCCUGCGGACGUCAUCCGGGAAUUCGCCACGACGUUCGCCAUGGAAGUGGCUGUCUUGGCAGACUGCACCGUGAAGCCCUGCGCCAAGCAGCUGCACCUGACCCUGGCCCACAAGUUCUACCCCCACCACCAGAGGACGCUGGAGCAGCUGGCCAGAGCCAUCCACCCAGGCCACAGCUGCCAGUGGACCGCCGUGCUGUACUCCCGAGACAUGCGCUUCGUGCACUACCAGACCCUCAGGGCCCUAUUUCAGUACAAACCCCAGAACGAAGACGAGCUGACACUAAGUCCGGGCGACUACAUCUUCGUGGACCCCACCCAGCAGGAGGAAACCAGCGAGGGCUGGGUGAUUGGGACCUCCCAGCGGACCGGCUGCCGGGGCUUCCUGCCCGAGAACUACACGGAGCAAGCCAAUGAGUCUGACACUUGGGUCAAGCACAGGACGUACACCUUCAGCCUGGCCAUGGACCUGGCCUCCAGAAAGGACGGGGAAGCCAGCAGCAGGCGAAACGGAGAACCGCACCCUCCACAGACGCCGAGGGACGUUAGCAGCAUCCAGGCUUUACAGGCCACAAUAGCGAGGAAGAGUGUGUUGGUGGUGCGCCACGGGGAGAGAGUGGAUCAAAUCUUCGGGAAGUCAUGGCUGCAACAGUGUUCCACUCCUGAUGGGAAAUACUACCGGCCAGACCUGAACUUCCCUUGCAGUCUGCCCAGAAGGAGCAGUGGAAUCAAAGACUUUGAAAAUGAUCCUCCACUAUCAUCGUGUGGAAUUUUCCAGUCCCGCAUGGCAGGAGAAGCACUGCUGGACAGCGGCAUCAGAAUCACCUCCGUCUUCACCUCCCCAGCCCUCCGCUGUGUGCAGACAGCCAAACACAUCCUGGAAGAGCUCAAACUGGAGAAAACAAUUAAGAUAAGAGUGGAACCCGGCAUCUUUGAAUGGACCAAAUGGGAGUCCGGCAAAACCACCCCAACCCUCAUGACCCUGGACGAGCUGCAGGAGGCAGGUUUCAACGUCAGCAUGGAUUACAGGCCUGCGUUUCCCCUCGCCUCCCUCAUGCCGGCCGAGAGCUAUGACGAGUAUGUGAACAGGUGUGCGGUGAGCGUCGGAUGGAUCACCAGCAUCCGCCCACGGGACGGGAACACAGCCCAUCCGUCCCUGUGUGGCUGAGGCUGUCAGGAUGCAAUGCUUGAGGGACAGGACAAGUCGGAUUUGGAAGGUGAGCGGUGCCGGAGAGGGGACAGCAUGAGGCAGGCGGGAGUGCGACAGGUGUGGCCAGCGACAGAGGAGGAGUAAUAACUCCAGGCGGGCUGGAGGGUAAGAGCCGACCCCACUGGUCCCCGGGCGGACGUUAUCUGUGAACUGGUCACCGUCCUGCACAGCCUGGCGUCACCUCCAUGCACACCCCAUGACUCUGCAGCCCAGAGGACUGAAGCCUACGUGCCCACGUCACCCGAGCACCGAGAGCACAGGCCCAGAGUCGAAGCCGUGCGUCUGCCUCCCAGGCGGCAUCCCGGCUGCCACCGCACCGUGACUUCGGAGGCCAGAGAUGUGAGAGCGGAAUUAACAGGAAAUAGUACAUCAGGGCUUCGGUCACACUGGAGAAUUCAGUGUCAGGAAGCAGCAAGAAUGAAUUGUUCUGUGUCGGCCAGAACCUUCAGGGGAAACUCUCCACCCGACUGCCUCCUCCAGGUGGAUCCUGUGGGGCCGGCCACAGCACCUCGUGGACCCACCAGGACCCGCCAGCUCCCCCCAGCUGUGACCGGUCCCCGCGGCAGUCACGCCCGCCGGCAGAAGACUCGCUCCACCCGUGGACUCGGGUGUCGUUAUUGAAGCGAGAGGCAUCAGCAGGCUCGUGGUGGCUGAUGCCUCUCAAGCUGAGGGACCCAGCCUGGGAGGCAGCCACCACAUCCCGCAAGAGGAGGUCCCUCAGGUCACAGCGCAGUCCCAUCCCCGAAGUUCCCGACAGGCGCGGCCGCCCCCAGAAGGUGCACAAGGACGUGAUACAGCAGGGACCAUGCACACGCAUGGGGGACCCGCAACUCGGGGUUACCUGCCGCACCGCUUCCGACCCGGGAUCUCUCAAGGCUUUGUGUACCCCGGGGGUGAUUCCACCCGACGACUUUGGGGACUCUCAUUCUACUAGAAGGCGCUGUCCGUGCCGGCUCUGACUCCGAGGUGUCCCUUUCUGUACAGUAGGCGUCAUCCUGAUCGUGGGCCAUGGCUCAGCGCUGGACUCCUGCACCCGCCCGCUCCUUGGGCUGCCUCCCCGCGACAGCGGAGACUUCGCCCAGCUCGUGAGAAAG